CCACACGCCGAGGCUGUUAGCUGAUUGGUUGUUCGGGGUUUGGUGAAGCACACAGCUAUGGCGAUGACUAUGGAGGAAGGGCGCGGCUAUGGAGCAGGAGGAGGAGGAGGAGGAGGAGGGGGUUGCAUGCGGUCAAUGAUCUCCCAGGGGAUACAGCGAUGCCCCUUUCUCCGCAGCAUCGUCGAGCCGACUUCCUUUACCUUCUUCCCCUCCGCCAACGGCGAUGGCUAUGGCUGUUCCAGCGGCGAAAGGCCACCAGCUCGCCGCGGACCCAUCUUUGAGGAUGGUCCGGCCUUCGCCAUGGCUUUCGAGCUUUUCCAUGGUGAACUUGGACCGGUUCCUCUAUCUCGGAGAAGCACUUCCCCUUCCCCUUGUUUUCUCAUGGAAGCAGCGCCGUCUAUGACAGCCUAUUCUUCUGCUCCUGCCGGUCGAGUCGGCGAUGGAGAAGGAAGAGGAGGAGGAGGCGAAGGAGAAGGAGUGGAGGUGCACCAUAACUGGAAUCCACUCGCGAGCGCAGGGGUGGCCUCCAUUAGCAUGGCGGGUUUUGGAGGACCGUCCGGACGAUUCGGUUGGGAGGGGUUCAUGGGGUCAAAAUCUCGUCGGGUUGCCAGCGAAGAAGCAAAGGGCGACGGUGGCGCUGGCGGCGGCGCCGAUGGCCACUUGGAUGUGCGCGGGAAACAUGGUAUAUCAGGCGGCGGAGCCGCCAGCGCCGCCGCCGCCGCUGGCGCCUCUGCUUCGGCGGCGGCGGCCAUAGCCACAUCGGCGGCCGCGUCCUCGUCGACGUCGUCGUCUUCCUCGUCUUCGUCCUCGCACGAAGCUUCCGGUAGCGAAUGGCUCCAGAGCCGCUGUCCUAUUGCUAAAAUGCAUCGCUCUCUUGUGGAUUUCGUGCCAUUAAUGGCGGCAAAGAUGAAACCUCCCGCCAAUAUGAAGUUGUGCUGUCCCGCGCCGAUCGUUGCCGCCCGAGCGGCGCUCGCCAGAACGUCAGCGGUCCGGUCGCUGCGUCCCAAACCCGUCUCCAACAAGAUCGUGGCCGUCGGCGUGCUUUGCCUCGCUGUCAACGUCCCUCUCGGCGUGUGGAGAGAACACGUGGUCAAGUUCUCCCCGCAAUGGUUCCUUGCCGUGCAUGCCUCCAUACCCUUCAUCGCCAUGUUUCGAAAAGCUCUCUUGAUGCCGAAGUACGCCAUAGCUUUCACCAUCGCCACGGCGGUGAUCGGUCAAACGAUCGGCUCGCGCGCGGAGCGCAUACGGUUGGCGACGGUCGGUCUCCGACCCGGGACGCUGGGGGAGUGCGUGUCUAAUUACGCCGCCACAAGCGCCACAAGCGCAAGCCUUGGUGAAGAAGGGGGGGGGGCGGAUGAUGGUAAUCGAAAGAUGGGCGAACGGGGUGACGUGGACAGUAAGGGCGCCGCCAGGAAAGCGGGAAAGAAAAUGCGCGCCAAAAUGAGCAGCGCGCCGAUGAUCGGUAUCGGGGGCGGGAGUAAUGCUAAAGCUAAAGAAGGCGGCAAGUGUUCUCCGGCCCCACGAGGUUCAGAGCAGCCCCCAGGCGGCAACGUUGUCUCCGGAUACCCUACUCCUCUUCCGCUUGUGGCUAUGGCUUCGGCCUGGAGCGAUGAUGGCGGCGGUGCUGGCGGCGCAACCCCUCUUCCCCUCUCGAGGGGCUUUGAGCCGUUGGAUCAGAUGCAAGGAGAUGGGCCACGUGGCAGCCCAACUGGGAUGCCCGGGAACUUUGUCCCCCUCGCAGCGCACGUCCGCCGUGCCGUUGUUGCUGCUUGUUGAUAUCCCCAUCAAGGAAGCUUUCUCUCUCUCUCUCUCUCUCUCUUUCCCGUGCGCUCUUUGGUUUUUGCUCUCGUAUAC